AUGGCCGGCGCAUCCCGCCCUUCCCCCGACCGCGCCGCAUCCCGCGCAAACCCCAUGCACCCCCCGCGGCCCCCCAAUGCCUGGAUCCUCUACCGCUCCGACAAGCUCAAGCAGAUGAUGCAGUCGCAGCUGCAGCACGGCCACCCCAAGAAGCCGCAGUCGAGCGUCUCGAAGGAGGUCGCGGCGAUGUGGAAGGCAGAGGACCCCGGGUACGUGCCGAUGGUGCACAUGCCGUACUACCACGACCCCGAGCUGCCUGGGUUCCCGUCGCCACCCAUGUCGGCCGCGUCCACGCCGUGCUCGACGCCGGGCUCGUCGCUGUCUGAGCUCGCGCCGGAGCACGCGAGGCCGCCCUCGAGUGCGCCCACACCGGCCCCGGCAGCGCAGGUGUCGUACGCGAUGCCCCCGCCGCCGGAGCCUGUCGCGUCGGGUUCGACCGCGGGACCCGCGGUGCAGCCACCGGCGGCGCAGUUUCUGCAGGUGCCGGGGCAGAAUAGCUGGUCUAUUCCGCAGGCCACGGACGCGUCGUCGUCGCAGCCGGGACGGUCCAACUGGACACUCGACGGGCAGCCGCAGGCAGAGAUCGACCCGCUGGACUGGCUGACGCUCGACAUCCCUUCGUUCGACGACGACGCGGCCCCGUUCGCCGGCGACGCGAACAUGCACACGGCCGACGCAAACGCGGGCGGCGACGCGCUCGCGCUGCUGGCGGAGGGCGCAAGCAUCUGGCGCAUGGAUGCGUUCGAUGCGAGCGCGUUCCUGGCGGACCCCCCCGGCGACUUUGACGUGCAGUUCGGGCAGCUGACGGCGUUUGACGCGGGGAUGGCGGGCAUGCGGGACGUGCCGCUGGGCAUGGAGAUGGGGAUGGGGAUGGGGCAGGACGCGCACGCGCCCGGCGGCGAUGUGCAGCGGCAGGCGGAGCAGUUCUCGGAGCUGCUGUCGCAUUUCGACUUUUCGCAGCUGCCGGGGGGCGAGAGCCUGUUCCCGUCGAGCGCGGCGAGCGGUGGCGGCGGCGCGGGGAGCGCGGCAAGGGUGGGAUACCAGGUCUGUGUAGGGGCCAUAAAGAACACUGCAGGGGCCAUAAAGAACACUGGGUCUGUGCGAAGGGACUAG